AUGGAGAAGGAAGAGCGAAAACUUCGCGAGGAAGACCCACAGCUCUUUGAAAGAGACGUUGGCCAUUUCUGGGGCAUCCACGAGACACGCCCGUACAUGCGAUCUCGUGCCGCGCUCAUUGACGAGUUGUGCACCACGAACAUUCGCGAGGGUGUGCAGUCUGCUCUUGAUCUCGCACUCGGGAAUCUGAAGCUUUGCAGAGGCGACAAUAUGGGUACUCGUAGUCUGAUCCCGGCCCUGAUGAUUCGAUUGGGGAAAGACCAGGAAGCGUAUGAUUUUAUCAAGUGGUAUGAGACAUCUGGUAAUGACAUGUCACUGCCCUACCUAAACUUGCACGACGAAGAUGUGUUCGAGAACCCCGAAGCUGCCCUGGGAGAUCGCAAAUUCGGAGAUUUGGCCAACCAGUCUUGCCUUGCUUUGAUCAAGUUUCGGCUGCUGUCUGAUCUCCAGUCCCUUCAGAACUCCAUGGCCUUGGGCUAG